GGGGAGCGAUAAACUGGGAGAUUGGGAUUGACAUAUAUAUACUUCUAUAUAUAAAAUAGAUAAAUAAUAAAGACCUACUGUAUAGCACAGGGAACUGUACUCAAUACUCUGUAAUGGUCUAUAUGGGAAAAGAAUCUAAAAAAAGAGUGGAUAUAUGUAUAUGUAUAACUGAUUCACUUUGCUGUACACCUGAAACUAACACAACAUUGUAAAUCAACUAUACUCCAAUAAAAAUUUUUUUAAAAAAAGGGCUUCCCUGGUGGCGCAGUGGUUGAGAGUCCGUCUGCCAAUGCAGGGGACACGGGUUUGUGCCCUGGUCUGGGAAGAUCGCACAUGCCGCGGAGCGGCUGGGCCCGUGAGCCAUGGCCGCUGAGCCUGUGCGUCCAGAGCCUGUGCUCCGCAACGUGAGAGGCCACAACAGUGAGAGGCCCGCGUACUGCAAAAAAAAAAUUAAAAAAAACCCCAAUAAUGUAAGAAAGUAAAUGUUUGGAUUGAAAAAAGAAAACACAAAAAGUUACACAUUUCAAAAAUCAAUAGUACAGUAUUUUUUCCCUACAUUUCUGAGCAGCAUAUUGACUGCCUCAUUCUAUGACAGCAGUGUCAUAAUUUUUCUAUAAAAAAGUCACAUAGGGACUUCCCUGGCGGUCCAAUGGUUAGGACUCUGCGCUUCCAUUGCAAGGGACACAGGUUCGAUCCCUGGUCAGGGAACUAAUAUCCCGCAUGCCACACAUCGCAGCCAAAAAUUUUUUAAAUAAAGUAAAUAAUAAAAAGAUCACAUAGUCACUACUCUAGGGUGGUUAAUUGUCAUCUGCUUUCCAUAAAUUUAUUUCAUUUGUUAGCUGUCAUUUAAAUUUAUUGUAGGAUAACACCUGUUACAGUUUUUUAAAUUUAUUUUUUUUUAAAUAUUUAUUUAUUUAUUUGUCUGUAUCAGGUCUUAAUUGCGGCAUGCGGGAUCUUAGUUACCCAACCAAGGAUUGAACCCCUAUACCCUGCAUUGGAAGGCAGAUUCUUUUUUUUUUUUUUUUUUAAAUUAAUUAAUUAAUUUGGCUGCGUUGGGUCUUCAUUGCUGCGUGGGCUUUCUUGUUGUGGCGAGCAGGGGCUACUCUUCAUUGUGGUGCGUGGGCUUCUCAUUCUCUUGUUGUGGAGCACAGGCUCUAGGCACACGGGCUCAGUAGUUGUGGCUCCUGGGCUCUAGAAUGCAGGCUCAGUAGUUGUGGCGCACGGGUUUCGUUGCUCUGCGGCAUGUGGGAUCUUCCCAGACCAGGGCUCAAACCUAUAUCCCCUGCACUGACAGGCGGAUUCUUAACCACUGUACCACCAGGGAAGUCUUGGAAGGCGGAUUCUUAAAUCACUGGACCACCAGGGAAGUCCCAUCUGCUUUCUGUUAUUGACAACUUAGAACAGUUUCUUUCAGCCUCACAAUUCAUCAUAUGUCAUGUAAAUUUUUAGGAUUGUCAUCAAAUUUGGGAAACGUGUCAAAUUUUUUUCAUAUAUCAGCUGUGAGACUUCAAGACAUUCAACAUUUUUUUAUACAGUGACUCCAGGGCCUUGGGAGGGGGUGGGCAGCCAUGACCCCUGUGAGUAGCUGGUAUUUUUGUUUUUAGGGUUUUUUGGUGCAUAGUAAAAUGAACAUAACAUAAAAUUUACCAUUUUAACCACUUCUGAGUGUACCAUUUAGUGGCAAAGCUGGAACUUCUUGCUAGUCUUUUCCUCUGUAAGUCUUAUGACAUAGUUCAGCUAAUAUCAUAGAUUAUACAAUUUUGUAUCUUCCUUUUUUUUUUUUGGCUGCCCCACAUGGCUUGUGGGAUCUUAGUUCCCUGACCAGGGAUCCAACCUGGGCCCCGGCAGUAAAAGCAUGGAGUCCUAACCACUGACCACUAGGGAAUUCCCUGUGUCUUGCUCCUUUUAAUUGAAGAGCAUAUCAGAUUGUUUUAAAAAUAUAAAAGUGAUAAACAAUGUUUUAUAGUAUCCUAAUAGUCCAUCAUACACUUUCGUAUUGCUGGAUGUGGAGGUGAGUGCGUUCACGUUGGGGUAAAAGAGAUGUCCUGCCAGGACCUGAUUUUUAUGGAGCAGUGGUGGGAGUUUUCCUGGGGUUGGUGGUAGUUUGAUGCCAUAUACCCAUGACCCAAAUGGGUCAGUCUGGUCAGCCACCUUCCUUGGUGCCUCCCUCAAGGCAAACAUUAACAGCUUUCUUCUCUUCCUUCCUGGCUUUAUUUUGCUAAAUCUCCUUUUGGUUUAUUCAUUUUGUCACCAGGGAUUGUGCCUUAUCUGCUGCCCAGCUUUUCUAGAAGUCCAGAUCAUGGAGGGGAUAAUUUUUCUCCUGCACUGUCUUGCAGAGACACCUUGUUUGAAGCUGGAUGGCAGACCCACCAGCAUUGCUGAAAAGGCCUUCAGCAAAUACUCAGCACCAACCCCAUGGCCUUUCUUUGCUUUGCCUGCAAAAGAUGGGGAUAAUUAUCUUUCAGUGAUAACUUAGCAACCUGAAAGCCUUGGGUGUUUGGGAUGUCAACUCAAUACUAACACAGAAUUUCUGAAUUCUAACUAGUAUAUUUGUUUUAAACUAAGAUAGGAUUUUAAUCUUCUCGUAUCCACAUUUUAAAAGUUUAUUCUUCAGUGACCAUUCUUCUGCCUGAUUUUCUACAAGAGAGAAUUUUCCAAGAGGUUGGUUGUCAUUAGAUUAAGAGUUUAGGCUUUGUUUACAUGAAAUGUUUCCACACCAGCAGGACCCAGAUGAGUAUUCAGGUGCAGGGUCCUUCAUUUAUACUCCCCAGUUAGUGCAGAGUUAAUAAGGUGGGAGAUUAUAAAUGCAAAAUUAAUACCCAGCUGAUGCUCAGAAUGCAUUUUGUAAAGUGUGUGGUGUGCCGCUUUUUAAUGAUUGUACUCCCUGUGCAGUUGGUGUGGGUUUGGAUAAUUGCAGUGGGUGGCUUUUGAGUUCUCUGUUGAUCUGUGUGCAGCAGGUAUUCAUGACGCAGUAGUGAUUUGAGGCACAUCCUGUGGAGUGCUUACUCGGUGCUGGUGCUCUUCUGGGCUCUGGAGAUUCAGCAGUAAACAGAGCAGUCAAAAAUGUCUGACCGGGGGCUUCCCUGGUGGCGCAGUGGUUGAGAGUCCGCCUGCCGAUGCAGGGGACAUGGGUUCGUGCCCUGGUCCGGGAAGAUCCCACGUGCCGCGGAGUGGCUGGGCCCGUGAGCCAUGGCCGCUGAGCCUGUGUGUCCAGAGCCUGUGCUCCGCAGCGGGAGGGGCUGCAGCGGUGAGAGGCCCGUGUACCGCAAACAAACAACAACAACAAAAAAUGUCUGACCUUAUGGACUUUUUUUUCUGGUGGGGCAGGGUGGAGGAGACAGAAAAUAAACAGGACAAAUAAAACAUAUACUAUGUUAGGUGGUGAUAAGUGCUGAAGAGAAAAUAAAGCAUGGUUGUGUAAGGAAUGUGGAUGGGGAGAUAUGGCACUUUUAGAUGGGGUGGCUAAAGAAGACUUCAUUAAAGGUGAUAUUUGCAUACAGAGCUGAAGGAGGUACAAGAGUGAGCCAGGGAGAUAUCUGGGGAAAAGUGCACCAAGCAGAGGGAAUGGCAAGGACAGAGACCCUAAGAGCGUCCUGGCCCACACAGCCGAGGAGCUGAGGCCAGACAGACGGACGCACGGACAGACGACAGAGGACGCGCUGGCCGCUGCACCCCGCUGCCUCCCCCUUCUCCCUGCUGCCUGCACCUGGAGGAUGAGCCCAGCCUUCAGGGCUAUGGACGUGGAGCCCCGCGCCAAGGGCAUCCUGCUGGAGCCCUUUGUCCACCAGGUCGGGGGGCACUCGUGCGUGCUCCGCUUCAACGAGACGACCCUGUGCAAGCCUCUGGUCCCGAGGGAGCACCAGUUCUACGAGACCCUCCCUGCGGAGAUGCGCAAAUUCACUCCCCAGUACAAAGGUGUGGUAUCUGUGCGCUUUGAAGAAGAUGAAGACAGGAACUUGUGUUUAAUAGCAUAUCCAUUAAAAGGGGACCACGGAACUAUGGACAGUGUAGAUAACUCAGACUGUGAACCAAAAAGUAAGCUGCUAAGGUGGACAAACAAAAAACAUCACGUCCUAGAAACAGAAAAGAUCCCUAAGGACUGGGUGCGCCAGCACCGGAAGGAGGAGAAGAUGAAGAGCCAUAAGUUAGAGGAAGAAUUUGAGUGGCUGAAGAAAUCUGAAGUCUUGUACUACAGUGUAGAGAAAAAGGGGAAUGUCAGUUCCCAGCUGAAACACUACAACCCUUGGAGCAUGAAGUGUCACCAGCAACAGUUACAGAGAAUGAAGGAGAAUGCAAAACAUCGGAACCAGUACAAAUUUAUCUUACUGGAGAACCUGACUUCCCGUUAUGAGGUGCCUUGUGUCCUGGACCUCAAGAUGGGUACGCGCCAGCAUGGUGACGAUGCUUCAGAGGAGAAGGCAGCCAACCAGAUCCGCAAAUGCCAGCAGAGCACGUCUGCAGUCAUUGGUGUGCGCGUGUGUGGCAUGCAGGUGAGAGGAGUGCAGGUAUACCAGGCAGGCAGUGGGCAGCUCAUGUUCAUGAACAAGUACCACGGCCGGAAGCUGUCCGUGCAGGGCUUCAAGGAGGCACUUUUCCAGUUUUUCCACAACGGGCGGUACCUGCGCCGCGAGCUCCUGGGCCCUGUGCUUAGGAAGCUGACUGAACUCAAGUCCGUGUUGGAGCGACAAGAAUCCUACCGCUUCUACUCAAGCUCCCUGCUGGUCAUUUAUGAUGGCAAGGAGCGGCCUGAAGUGGCCCUGGACUCAGAUGCUGAGGACUUGGAGGACCUGUCAGAGGAGUCAGCCGACGAGUCGGCUGGUGCCUAUGCCUACAAGCCCAUCGGCACCAGCUCGGUGGACGUGCGCAUGAUCGAUUUCGCACACACCACUUGCAGGCUGUAUGGUGAGGACAGUGUGGUACACGAGGGCCAGGAUGCUGGCUAUAUCUUUGGGCUCCAGAGCCUGAUAGACAUUGUUACAGAGAUAAGUGAGGAAAGUGGGGAGUGAGCUUGCUGGCUGCAGCAGUACCUGAGAGACUCUCUGUGUCCCAGGCACAGCUGUGCUGCGUCGGGGAGGAGGCCAGUAUGGCCAGGCGGUGGCCCCUGCAGCCUGGAGCUGAUGCGCAGAGGCCUCUAUGAGUCCCAGCCUGAGCCAGCCCCAACCGCUGUCGGAGUCUUUAUUUAUUUUAACUCUCUUCAACAUUCCACAUUUGAUGAUGCAGAUACCUCUUUCUUCCCUGAGUGUAAAUGUUCUAAUACAAAUCUUUUUGUUAAUUGUA